CAAAUAAAAGAAUAAUACAUAAACACACAAAACGAUCCGUUCCGUUACAGGGACAUGACGAGCAACAAAAGAGUGAAUCCGUCCUUUUCAAUUUUCAAGUGAGAAAGAGAGUAAUCAGAGAGUAUGCUUAAAUCGACUACGCGUAUCCCGUAAAAGAAUUAAAGCACACCCUUAACCAAAAGCAAACCGAUACAGACAAAUUGCGAGGCUGACGGAAAUAAAGUCAGUCUAUUUGUCUAUCUCACCCUCAAAAAAAAAAAAAAAAAAAAAAAAAAAACCCUCAAAUUCCUUCUCCCAGGUGUGAGUAGCCAAAUAAAUAAAAAUAUUUAAAUCACAUUGUCUUCCCGUUGCUUUGCUCCUUCCUUUAUACAGAGUAUUUUUUUUUCUUUUCUCUUUCUCAUUGUCACUUUCCGUUGGAACACUCCUCCCAAAUAUCACCACCUCCCACUUUUUCUACCAUCUCUUUUUCUCUGAUUUCUUUGAUUUUCUCUGAAAAAUGCAAUAGUGGAAUCACGGGGAGAGAGAAGGGGAAUUUAAUUCGGGCAUGAAUCCCGUGACAGCUGAGCAAUUACCGCCGCCGCCACCACCACCACCACCGCAGCCCCACCUGAAGUCCACCAGUUGCGACCGGCAUCCCGAUGAGCAGUUCACUGGGUUCUGCCCCUCUUGUCUUUGCGAGCGUUUAGCGGUGUUAGACAAAUCAUCCGCAGCAACCGCCUCUACUGGCCGUAAAUCCGCCUCUUCUGCACUCAAAUCACUGUUUAAACCUAGCAACGAUACUGGGUCCGCAUUACGAGGUAGGCCGAGUUCGAGUUCUUUUUUACCGGAGCUGCGACGGACUAACUCGUUUUCCGGAGGAAAGAACGAGGGAGGGUUUCUCGGACUUUCCGGUGCUUUCGAGCCGCAGCGUAAGUCGUGCGACGUUCGAGGUAGGAGUACGCUUUUCUCUCUCUUUUCGCAGGAUGAUGGGAAUGGGAAUGGGAAGCGCGGUGCACAAGGGCAAGGGCAUCAUCCUGUAAUAAAUGAGCCUUCGACUUCAUCGGCGGUGAUUGAAUUGACGGCGGAGGUUGGAGAUCACGGGGUAGCCGAGGAGGAAGGAGAAGGAGAAGAAGAGGAGGAAUUCCAUGAAAGCAUUGAUAAUGGGGAUGAAAUCCAGGUUAUAGAGGAGGAAAUUGUCGAGUGUAAUGAUGAUUAUAAUAAUAAUAAUAACAACAGUGUGGAUAAUAAUUUGAGGGAUUAUUCAUCGGGUGAGCAGGUGGUGGGUGGAAACUUUCAAGGGCAGACGGUGGAAUUGAAGCCAAUGAAAGACCAUAUCGAUCUAGAUUCACAAAAUAAGAAGGUGGGUAGCAAAGAUUUCAAGGAAAUUGCGGGUAGUUUUUGGUCUGCGGCCUCGGUUUUUAGCAAGAAAUUGAGGUCUUGGACAAGGAAGAACAAUAAUCAGAAGAUUAAAAAGCAUAUGAGUGGGUCUCAUACUGUACAAGUGAAUGGUAAAAAGGGCAAUGCUGGGAGGAAUUACAGAGAUACUCAGUCUGAAAUUGCUGAUUAUGGGUUUGGGAGGAGAUCUUGUGAUACUGAUCCUAGGUUUUCUCUUGAUGCUGGGAGGUUUUCUGUUGAUGCCGCGACUGCUGGGAGAUUUUCCGUUGAUGCUGGAAGAGUUUCAUUUGAUGAUCUCAGGUGUUCGUUUGAUGAGCCUAGGGCUUCUUGGGAUGGUUAUUUGACUGGUAGGACUUUCCCGAGGAUGAUACCGCCUAUGGUUUCAGUGGUGGAGGAUGCACCGAUAACGGUGUUGAGGAAAGAUACUCAGAUUCCGGUAGAGGAACCGAGGAGGAGUUCUGUUUCGAUUAAUGGUGAUGACCCUUUCCCUGGUGGAGCUUCUCAGACGAAGGAUUAUUACUCUGAUUCGUCCUCACGGAGGAGGAAGAGUCUUGAUAGGUCUAGUUCUAUUAGGAAGACGGCGGCUGCUGUUGUUGCUGAAAUGGAUGAGAUGAAGAAUGACUGCACUAACAAGAUCUCCCCUCCUUGUGUAGACUAUUUAAAUGGAACCAAAGUUGUUGCUGGUUUUGGUGGUGAUAGGGAUUUUAGGGGCUUAGAUUUGUUGAAUUCUAAUUCUAAUUCGCUUAGAGAUGAUUAUUCUGAGAGCUUUGAUAUGGGAUUUAGGGAUAAUACCUCUGUGAUGGGUAGCACCUGCGACAGAAAGGUGUCAAAGAAGUCUAGUAGAUGGAGGGCGUGGAACAUUUGGGGUUUGAUUUAUCGACGAGGCAAUAACAAAGGUGAGGAUGAUGAUAGAUACAGUAGGUCAAUACCGAAUGGGGUGGAACGAUCAUACUCGGAGUCUUGGCAUGGUGAUCCAAGGGCUGGUUUUAAUAGAAAUGUGUUUCGCAGUAAUAGCAGUGUCAGUUGGAGGAACUCGUAUAACGUAGGUGGUAUAAUUGAUUCCAACAAAAAGAAAAAGGAUGAGUUUGUAUUAGAAAGGAAUCGGAGUUCAAGGUACUCUCCAAGUCAUACUGAUAACGGGUUGUUACGCUUCUAUUUGACACCAUUGAGAGGCAGCAGAAGGGGCAGCUCAGGGAAACCAAAGCCAGCUUAUUCACAUUCCUUCGCAAGGAGUGUGUUGCGAUUCUAUUAAACCCGAAUCUCUCCAGUUUCAUCUGAUGUUCCUUUUCAUUAAUGUCUAAAUAUUUUGAAUUUGUGUACAAGCGUUGGAUCCAAACCUCUGUUUCCUUUGUGGUUGAUAUUAUAAAAGGUACCCUUGCAUUAAAGUUUUACAUUAAGCAAUCUCUGAUCAAUGAGUAAAACUUGUACAUUGUUUUCUUUCCUUUA